AGUACUCGUCUGCUCUUUUCCUUAUUGAGUCAAUCAAGUUGCAGUGUAUCAUGAGCGAAGAAAUAUAUAUACUGAUUAUUGUAUUAUUAUAGUAUUUUCGUCGCUCUUAAGGAAGCAAAUCCUCAUUGAAAAUCUUACAUCGAGUGUGCCCCCCCCCUUGCACUUGCGAAUGGACGCGCCGUCGAGAAACCAAACACAGGGCUAAAAACAGUUAAUAAAAAAAAAGAGCGCCGUUUUAUUUCCCACAUGUCAGCAUGUCGGUGCCGCUGUCUCCGGCGCGUCCAAGAAGCAGAGCGGAUGUGACUCCUCAGGCCAUUCAAAAGAUGCUGGACGAAAAUCACCAGUUAAUUCAGUGUAUAAUGGAGCAGCAGAGCAAAGGCAAGACUGCUGACUGUGCACAAUAUCAGCAGCUCUUGCACCGGAACCUUGUGUACUUGGCCACGAUGGCAGAUUCCAAUCAGAACAUACAGUCUCUUCUACCUGCGCCUCCGUCGUCCAACAUGGGUGGAGGUUUCUCUGCGAGCAACAUGAAUGACAGCAUGCUCGCCGGCGUGCCCCCUGCGUCCAUGAUUCCGAGUCAGCUGAGUAACGCCUCCAUGUUGCACCAGCAGUCGGGUCCUCACUGCUCAGCCGCUCAGGCCGGAGCCCUCUAUCCGGGCCAGUCGGUGAUGGCUCAGGGAAGCGGUCAGAGGAGCACAGGAACGUACCGCGCCACGCAGGGUUCUGGUCAGCAGUAUGUGGGCCAGGAUGAGUUCUACGGAGACCAGUAUGGAUCCAUCAAAAGCUCCAACGAACCUUUGAACCAGUCGUUCUAUCCUGAAGGCCCCGGCGAGUUUUCAUAUCAGCAGUGCUCGUACGGAGAGCAGGGUUACGAGCGGCCCUACGAUGACUCGUCACAUUACUACGAAGGAGGUAACCCCCAGUACAGUCAGCAGCCCGCUGCGUAUCAGCCGCCCAGCCAGCAGCCCUUCGCCUCUCAAGGCUACAGCGGACAGGGAUACGGUGGGAGCCGCUCUCCUUGCAUUAAGAUUGAUGUUUUCACGUGUCAUGUUCUCUCUGUAGGACCAGGCCAGAGUGGAUCUCUGCAGUACUCCCAUUAUCCAUCCGCCCCAAACCAACAGUAUGGAUCCUAUCGAGGGUCUGGUUCUGGACCGCAGGCGCCAAGGUCCUACACAUAUGAGCAGGGUCAGUAUGGGAACUAUCAGCAAUAAUGCAGCUUAGAAAAACUCAGCGUUCACUCUUUAAAUCAACUCAGCACAGUGGUUCCUGAUAACCUGUGUGACCGUUGAUGGAAGCUCUGUUGGAUCAGUUGGAUCUUAAAGCCUCAGCUAAGCCUUAUGAAGGUGUUGCUUGGCUUUUACUAGUUUGAAUCUAAAUAAAUAAUUCGGGGUUGUAGGUCUUCCUAGUAGGACUCAAAUGUAUCUCAUAAAGGUUCAGAGUUCGGCCUUCUUUUUUACUUGUUGCUUCUAAAGUGGUAGCACACUGGAAACAUCUGAUAAGGUAGUUUACUUAAAACAAGGGAUAAUUCAUCAGAGAGGUUUCGUGACAACCGCUUCAGAGCACUGAAAUAUAUUGUGUCCUUCAUUACAGAGUGGUUCUGAACAUACUGUAUUUGAAAUGUUUAUUAUAAGCAGCUGACAGGUUUCUCUGCAUUGGUUUUAAAAUCUAUUCACAAGUUCACAAAAACAUUUUUUCCCGUUUGGCUUUAAGUGGAGGGUCCGAGAUGAGGAUCAGAGCCUCUUAACUGGUGCUGGUCCCUCUUGGAUUCAGCAUGAGACUCUUUAGCUUUUCAGGAGGAGGGUUUGUUUUGGUGUCAUGAACAACUGGACUGGAAGCAGAACUGCUGCUCCUCCACACCCAGAGAAGCCUGGAUUCAGUACCAUAGUAUUUAUGAAAAGUUUUCUGUGCCAUGAAGGCGACUACCAUUGUUCAUUUAUUUAUCCUUCACUGUUCAUUUGAGAGCUGUUUCAGAACGCUGUAUCAUAUUUUGAAGUACUUGUUGGGCCUUCAUGUCUGAUGCUGUAAAUUUGGUUACUUUGUUAUACAAAAUAAACCUUGU